CGGACAGCGAACCAGAUGUUCUAUCGGAAGGCCGCGAUCGUUCAAGGACGAGCGGUCCGCGUCCAUUAGCCAGUUUGGUUCAUGCUGUGUUUGUUGGCUCCAGGGCACGCGCUGCUAGACAGCUGAGACCGAAGCCGCGGUGUCCUCACGCAAGCGCGGGCCACCGAAGGGCCCAAUGCCGGUUGAGAGGCGCGUUCCGUAUUACCACUACACCUCCGAGAGGGGACUCGAGGGCAUACUGCGCGACGGACGUAUUCAGCCAUCUGAUCCCAACAGAGGUGACGCUCGAGAGGGGCCAGGCAGCUACGGCACCAACCUGCCUCCUUCCACGUGCGGGAAGGCUAUUGCGGAGAACAAUUGGGACAGUGGUUGGGAGCAGGCGAUCCGCAACGGCAAGACGGACCGCUGGUUGCGGUGCGAGGUGCCUGCGAGCGAGCUUCAGCAGUACCCUGGGCAUGGGAGCACACAGCAUGGACAGAUCCUCGUUCAUCCCCAGGGCAUCGAUUUGACUAAGUAUCCCACCAAGUUCGGGACUGUCGGCAAGGACACGGUUCCGCAAGGACACCGAUACGUGCCCCCGCCUGAUAUUGCACAAGGGCAUCGGUACAUGCCAGGCGACGCACAGACGCCAGAACGUGCCAUCUCGGCAUCGACCCACGACAGUAUCGGCUGGGGCCACGCGCACAUCAAGUCAGCGGCGCCGCGGCAUUCAUCUCAAGAUUGCUCGAGAAAUGUGGUCGCGUCUCAGUUCGAAGGCCCCGCUUUGGACCGAAGCGGAUACAACGAUAAGGGUAAUCGUUACGCGAGCUACAACAAUUGCGGUUACCGCUAUGGCAGCCAUGAUGGCUCUAGCUAUGUCCACGACGCCCGCGGAGGUGCUGUCUAUACCUCGCCGCAUGGAGACACUUACGGAUACCCUGAGCACAGCGGUUACAAUGCUCAGGGUAAUCAUUACGAGAGCUACAGCGAUGGUUCUUACCGCUAUGACAACCAGGAUGGCUCGAGCUAUGUCCGCGAUGCUGACGGAGGUGCUAUUUACACAUCGCCAGAUGGGGACACUUACGAGUACCCCAGUGGUGGUUGUUCUAGUGGUGACCAUGUCGAUACGGGUUGCUACUCCGACGGCUGCGAUUGGGGUGGUGGUGGCUACGGUGGUGGCUACUCCGACGGUGGCUACUCGGGCGGUGGCUAUUCCGAUGCCGACUACUAAACUUAGUGCAUGCGUGCAGCGCCAAGUUGGGAGUCGCGGCACGUUGGGGGAAAAUCCAGCGACCUGACAUAGAGGGUGACGCAUGCUGAUCUGCAAUGCGAGCAUUGCUGCUAGUCGGCAUGUGUUUAUGGUUGCGAUCGUGCGCAACGGACUUUGAACAUGUUGUAUCGCAGGUGGGUGCGUGUAGUUCCUUGGCCGUUCUCCAAAAUUCGGAUCUGAAGGCCACGAGCAUAUCAGAUGCAUGACAGCCGAGCGUGAGCCAUGUCACUACUUUCUCCGGAUUCCAGAUUUGCAGCGGCGCGCAAGACGUACCCAACCAUUUCCCCCCCGCGAGGCAAGUAUUUGUAUGAACGCUCCAUACAAAGGAACGCAUCGCCAGAUAUUCAUACGUAAUC